ACAGCGGCGGAGCCACGCUUUACCGUCAGCGCUUAUCGGACAUCAGGACGGCGGUCACGAUGGAGAUAAAAACAUCCCUCAGCGCUUUAGUUCUCUCACCUGUCGUGUGAUUUGGUCGCUCAGUGCUCGUUUAUGAGUGGAAAUAAACAUACAGCUAAUUACUGACUAGCGGUUCUUGCUAACGGAGCGGAGCUACCGAUUCAAAAUCUCAGCACGGAGCGGAGCGGAGAGGAGCCGGGAGGGAAAACGGCGCUGCGGAGACCUUUUUUUUUAUUAGGUUUUUUUUCCGCCUCAACUCUUUUUUUUUUUUUCACAUCUCUUUUUGGAUUAUCUAAUUUCUCUGGUAUCUUCUCAGUCAGUUCGGGUUUUAGUCUGAAGUUACCAAGUUCGGAAAGUUGCCCCUUCGUGUUCGGCGGAUGAGAAUUAAUCCCCCCGCGGUGUGCGAGCGGCGCUCCGCAUCCUCUCACAGCUAGUUAGCCGUUAGCUCGCCGAGCGCAAGCGGGUUUUCUAUUGGACCGGCUAAAGGCGGCUAGCUCGGCUCGGCUCGGCUCGCCCUGCAAAGAAAUGGAGUCAGAGGAUGCGGGUUUUCAAAUUAAUUCGUCAGCCUGUGUGGGAAUUCUGUUGUACAUCGGCUAGCGUCUUUCAGGGCGAGUAAAACGAGCUCCUCGACUAUCAACAACUCCGCUACACCAGCUCAGCGAAUGAAUAAAUAAAUAAAUAAACUCCAUGCUGAAGCCAAAGGCGAGCUAAACCGGCUAAGCUAACUGGACUCCCAUAGAAAUUCCUAUACGCACUAGUAGUAAGCUAAAACAGCCAAGCUAGCAGUCCCCUCUCUCUCUCUCUCUCUCUCUCUCUCUCUGUGUGAGAGGGUUAGCUUUUCACUUAGCAAGGUUUUUUGGACAAGAGAAAAGGCACCAAAAAUCCUGACAGAUAAUUAAAAGUAAAGAUUCUUUUUAAUAAAAGACUCGAGUUAAUCACAGUCUCUUGGGUAUUUUUAGGCGUCACUUCUUCUUUUUUUUUCUUUUCUUUCUUUUUCUCUUUAGUUACUUUUCCUCAGUGUUUACAGGAAUGAGGUGUUGGACAGCCAGGACUCAUUUGUCCUCCUUAUCCUGUGCUCUGCUGCUGCUGCUGCUGUCCCUCUCAGUUCACUGCCAGGGGACCUCAAAUGACGGAAUCUGUGGUCCAGGCAUCGACAUCGGAAAUGAGAUCGGCGACUUCAGGAAGCUGGAGAACUGCACUGUGGUCGAGGGCUACCUGAGGAUCCUGCUCAUCGGAAACAAGAACCCCAAUCAGGAGGUCUUCCGCACGCUCAGUUUCCCCAAGCUGACGAUGAUUACAGACUAUCUGCUCCUGUUCCGCGUCCCCGGACUGGACAGCCUGAGCACGCUCUUCCCGAACCUCUCGGUGAUCCGAGGCCGCAAUCUCUUCUACAACUAUGCACUGGUCAUCUUUGAGAUGAACAACUUGAAAGACAUCGGUCUCUACAGCCUGCGCAACAUCACCCGCGGCGCCGCACGGAUCGAGAAGAACCGGGAGCUCUGUUACUUGGACUCCGUCGACUGGUCUCUUAUCAUGAACGCAGACCUGAACUUCAUCGCUGGAAACAAGCCGACCAAGGAGUGUGCAGACGUUUGUCCAGGGCUCGCCGAGGACAAUCCACUGUGCAUUCAGACCAAACUCGGUGGCGUCUCAAACUACCGCUGCUGGACAUCCAACCACUGCCAGAAAGUGUGCCCAGAGCGAUGUGGGCAGCGGGCAUGUACGGAUUCAGGAGAGUGCUGCCACACUCAGUGCCUUGGCAGCUGCACAGUGCCAGACAGUGCCACAGCCUGCGCCGCCUGCCAGCACUAUUUCCACGAAGGCCGCUGCGUGGAGCAUUGCCCUCCGGGCACGUACAUAUUCGAGGGCUGGCGCUGCAUCACCUUAGAAAUGUGCUCUGAGGUCCACCUAUCUUUCUCAGAGCGCUUUGUCAUCCACGCGGGCGAGUGCAUGAUGGAGUGUCCACCCGGCUUUAAUCGUGAAAAUAGUCAGAGUAUGUUCUGCAGUGCUUGUGAUGGCUUGUGCGACAAGGUGUGCGAGGGGAAAGAGAUCGACUCCUUGGACGCUGCACAGUCCCUAAAGGACUGCACUGUUAUUAACGGCAGCCUGGGCAUCAACAUCCGCCGUGGCAACAUCGCCGCGUCAGAGUUGGAGAACUUCCUCGGCCUCAUCAAGACCGUGACAGGAUGUGUGAGGAUUUCUCAUUCUCCCACUCUGAGCUCGCUGUCCUUCCUCAAGAGUUUAAACCACAUUCAUGGGAAGGAGCUCUGCCAUAACAUGUACGCCUUCUCAGCCUUUGAUAACCAGCACCUCAAGUUUCUGUGGGACUGGUCACAACACAACCUGACCAUUGAUGCAGGGAAACUCUUUUUCGGCCGGAACCCCCACCUGUGCAUGUCCGAGAUUCGCAAGAUGUGGCUGAAAACGGGCAUCAAGGAGAAGUUUGUGGAGGAGGAUUUCCGCAACAACGGAGGCCGUGCAAACUGUGAAAGUAAAAUUCUGAAGUUCAUAAAUAAUAGCACUAGGAGUAACACAAUAGCACUGACAUGGGAACGCUAUCAACCGCUGGGUUACAAAGGUCUCAUCAGUUUUGAAGUGUACUACAAAGAAGCGCCUUUUCAGAACAUCUCAGAGUUUGAAGAUAAGGAUGGUUGUGGGUCCAACAGCUGGAUGAUGGUGGAUGUGGACUUGCCCCAGGACCCAAGCAGAAACCCUGAAGUCCUUCUUUCAGGCCUUAAACCUGUGACGCAAUACGCCAUCUUUUUGAAGACUGCAACCUUGGUAGUGCAGGAUAUAGACACGCACGUUCUGGGGGCCAAGAGCGAGUUGGUUUAUAUCGUCACUAAGCCUAAAGUACCUACAAUGCCUGUUGAUAUCCGUGCCUACUCAAACUCAUCCACAAGCCUGGUGGUUCAGUGGUCUCCUCCUGUUUUUCCCAAUGGGAAUCAUAUCUACUAUCUGCUUCGUUGGCAACAGCUGGAAGAAGACCCUGAGCUCUACCAGCACAACUACUGCUCUAAAGAGCUGAAAAUGCCCGUCAGAUUCCCUACAGGACUGGCAAACAUCUUUGGGAACAUAAAGCCCACCACUUCAGACUCGGCAGGGGAGAACAAAACCUCUUGCUGCCCUUGCCAAAAAUCAGAACUAGAUAAGAAACAGGACAGUGACAACAACAUUUACCGUAAAGUCUUUGAGGACUUCCUCCACAACAGCAUCUUCCAGCCCAGACCGAACCUCCGUCAGCGCAGGGACGUGUCAGGAGUGGCUAAUUCCACCUUCCUACACACGCUGCUUGGUGCCAGCGGGAGCCUAGGUGAGGGCAAUUCCUCAACCUCAGAACCAUAUGUGCGCGAGUUUCAUGAGAAAAAGGUGCAAGAGACGAGCACUGAAAUUCAUGGCCUGCAGCCUUUCACUGUGUACCGCAUCGACCUGCAUGCCUGCAACGACGAGAUCCAGCAGUGCAGUGCUCCUGCCUUCGCCUUCCCCCGCACUGAACCGGCAGACAAAGCUGAUGACAUCCCGAGCCCAGUGACGUGGCAGGGUUUGGAUGACUCUGUGAUUGUGAAGUGGCCUGAACCAGCACAACCCAACGGACUCAUCCUGCUCUACGAGAUCCAGUUCCACCUGGGAGGCGAGCUGGAGAAGCACGAGUGUGUGUCCCGUCAACACUAUAAGGAACAUCGAGGUGUACGGCUCACUAACCUUGGCCCUGGGAACUACUCCGUCCGUGUGAGGGCCACCUCGCUGGCUCGAAACGGCUCGUGGACGCAGCCCUUAGCUUUGUACAUCGUUCAGGGCGAACGCUAUGAGAACCUCCUCUACUUAAUGUUCAUCCCCAUUGUGUUGAUCCUGGUGGUCCUUGCAGUGACCAUGUUCGUGGUCAGUAAGAAAAGGAACAGCGACAGGCUGGGAAAUGGAGUUCUGUAUGCGUCCGUCAACCCAGAGUACCUCAGUGCGACUGAAGUGUAUGUCCCUGAUGAAUGGGAGGUAGCACGGGAAAAGAUCACCAUGAGCAGAGAAUUGGGCCAAGGCUCCUUCGGCAUGGUGUACGAGGGCAUUGCCAAGGGUGUUGUCAAGGAUGAGCCUGAAACCCGGGUGGCCAUCAAAACAGUGAACGAGUCCGCCAGCAUGCACGAGCGCAUCGAAUUCCUCAACGAAGCCUCCGUCAUGAAGGAGUUCAACUGUCACCAUGUGGUGCGUCUCCUUGGCGUGGUCUCUCAGGGACAGCCCACUCUAGUCAUUAUGGAGCUGAUGACGCAGGGUGAUCUGAAGAGUUAUCUACGCACACUACGAUCCAACAAGAACACUUUCAUCCUGCCUUUGCCACCGCUGAAGAAAAUGAUUCAGAUGGCAGGAGAGAUUGCAGACGGCAUGGCAUACCUCAAUGCCAACAAGUUUGUCCACCGAGACUUGGCAGCCAGAAACUGCAUGGUGGCUGAAGACUUCACUGUCAAAAUUGGAGAUUUUGGCAUGACGCGGGACAUUUACGAGACAGAUUACUACAGAAAGGGUGGGAAGGGCCUGCUGCCCGUGCGCUGGAUGUCUCCAGAAUCCCUCAAAGACGGCGUCUUCACCACCAUGUCUGACGUGUGGUCUUUUGGUGUGGUGUUAUGGGAGAUAGCCACCUUGGCAGAGCAGCCCUAUCAGGGUAUGUCCAAUGAGCAGGUUCUGCGCUUCGUCAUGGAGGGAGGUCUGCUCGACAAACCUGACAACUGUCCCGAUAUGAUGUUUGAAUUGAUGCGCAUGUGCUGGCAGUACAACCCAAAGAUGCGUCCCACUUUCCUGGAGAUCAUCGGCAGCAUCAAGGACGAUCUGGAGCCCAAUUUCAAGGAGGUGAGCUUCUUCUACAGCGAAGAGAACAAGCCACCAGACACAGAAGAGCUGGACCUGGAGAACCUGGGCACCAUGGAGAACGUUCCUCUGGAGCCCUGUGCCAAGGCCCCGGUGCCUUCGCCAACCCCCUCCUCGCCCUCCUCGGGCACAGACAAACGCUGCAUCAACGGGCCGGUGCUGCUGCUGCGAAGCCCAUUCAACGAGGCCCAGUCUUACGCGCACAUGAACGGGGGGAGGAAGAACGAGCGCACAGUGCCCUUGCCCCAGUCAUCAGCGUGCUGAUGACCAACCUGCCCACUUUUUAUCCUCUUUUCUUAUCUUGGGUCACGUUAAGAAGCCUCGCUGGCACUCCGGAGAACUCCCACUCCACUCUGUCUAAUCACCAUGUCCUCUCUGAAACAGAGUGCCACGAAGAAAACCCAGACAGAAAGGCGUCGAGGCUGUCAACCUCUCAUCAUACCUCGGUGACGCGGUUCGGUUUUUUCUCUUUGGGUUACGACCUGCGUUGACUGACAGACAGGUGGCAAACUUCACCGCCAUCACUGUAGAAGCACGGCAAACACUGACAGAAACAAUACGGAAAAAGAAACACACACACACACACACACAGAGUAACUUCCAAGGAGCGCACACUCCCUCCUUUUCUAGUGUUUUUGUUACUUUUAUACAUUUCCAAAUAAGAAAUUUCACAUUUCGGGUCUUGUCUGAAGUCAGUCAUGGUGAGGCGGCAUUAAUGUAAAUAAGAAUUUAAUUGAGGUAUAUUCCAACAGAGAGGCACUUUGUGUUUUAGGUGUCCAAAGACACGGCGCCUCUUUAAAACAAAAGGGCGUGUCAGAACGGCUCAAAUUCAGGUGGCGUCGUUAACGACAAGUCGAACAAAGUGUGAGACUCCGCCCACUCUGAGUAUCUACUCAAUAGUAGAGCAGAAAGUUUCAAACCUGCCAUCAUUUUUUUUUUUUUAAAUAAUCUACUCCUUUUCUCGCCGUCUUUCUUGCUGCGCUUUUGUGGUCUUGAAGGCGCAUAAAAGCAAAUGACACUCCACGUUUUUUUUUUACACUGGUGUGUGUAUAUAUAUGUCCUUUUUUCAGCUUUUCGUGUGCUUAAUUGAUUGAUGAUCAAUGCCAAGGAGAGGUUUUUCUCCAGAUCGCCUCCUGUUUAUCAUCUUAACCAGUUUUCCAUCUCGUACAUUUGAUUCUACUGCAAAACGUCCAGCCAAAUUCAGAAAGAAAAACAGGAGGGGCUGUUGGGAUCCAGAAAUGAAAACAAGAUCCUAAAAAGGCCUAACAUGCAAUUAACCACAUAGCGCAAGCAAAAAAAAAAAAGGUACCUGGAAGAGAUUAAGGCAAGCAUGGUGUAAGUGAAGGGGAAAGUGCGUUGUGAAAAAGAGCAGGUAUUUUUAUAGUUUUGUCACUUCCGCCCCCUCCACCAUCUCAGCCGGUCAAAUGCUGGACCACAAAGCGAACACAUCCUUCAUCUGUCACUUUUCUACCUUUUUUACAGUUCAAACGAACUUAUGUAUGUCUGUACUGAAAGAAGCUGCUAUUUUCUUCUCAUUUUCUUUUGUGGUUGUAAUAUAUAUAUCUAUAUUAUAUAUCUAUAUGUAAAACAGAUCCUUCGGGUUAAAUCCUUUACUGUGUCCACUACCAUCUUGUACUUUUGCAUAAAACGAGAAAAAAAAAUACUAUUUAUAUUUUCUGCCCCGAAUCUAUCUUUUUCUCCAUCCCCAUGAUUGAGUGCAUUCUUCUCAGAAUAUUUUUGUCGAUAGAAAAAGGUACAAAUUCACAUCGUUGUGGAAUUCAUGCUGGCAGACUCGAUUAGCAGUUCAACACUGUGUCUUAUAAAAUCAGAUACUCAGGUUCAAUCCAAACCAACAUUUCUAGAUCACGUCUUUUUUUUUUUUUUUUUUAAACUGAGUGUUCAGGCACCUUAAACACAUCGAAGACUUUUUUUUUUUCCCCAGCACGA